AUGUCCAUGACAACCGAAGACUGUACCAAGGUCCCGCCCGGGUUCCCGCGGCCGGUCCCAGAGACGUCGGGGAAGGUGUUUGAACAGUUUCAGAUGAGAGACAAGGUCGUCAUUGUUACUGGAGCAGCAGAUGGCAUUGGUCUUGCUGUGACUGAGGCGAUGGCGGAGGCGGGUGCAAACGUUGCUCUGUGCGGGCUUACACUGGUACUAAGGAACGAUGCGGCCGUGGAGAAAGCAAAGAGCCUUGGCGAGACUUACAAGGUCAAAGCCGCCGCAUAUCAAGUCGACAUCUCUCAAGCCGAACAGAUUGAUGUCUUCGUUGCAAACGCGGGCAUGGCAAUCUCGCGACCCAUUCUAGAGCAGACGCUAGACGAAUAUCGCAAGCAAAUGUCCGUAAAUGUGGACGGCGUAGUCUUCUGCUCCAAGUACGCCGGCGAAAUCUUCAAAAGUCAGGGCUUCGGCAACUUCAUCAUCACGUCCAGCAUGAGCGGCCACAUUGUCAACGUGCCCGUGGACCAGCCAGUGUACAACGCCACCAAGGCCUUUGUCACGCACUUUGGAAAGUCUCUAGCCCGUGAGUGGCGAGACUUUGCCAGAGUCAACAUAGUGUCGCCUGGGUUCUUCGACACCAAGAUGGGUGCCAAUCCUUUGGCCAUCAAUGAGGCGUAUCGGAUGGCUGCGCUCGGCAGACAAGGCCAUGUCAAGGAAAUCAAGGCCUUGUAUCUGUAUCUUGCUAGUGAUGCAUCGACAUACAUGACUGGUAGUGAUGUUCUCAUCGACGGGGGCUACGUUCUUCCAUGA